UCGAACUGCACAAACCACAACAGAAGCCUGGGCCGUUCAAGUCGGAUAUAUGCUCAUGUGGUUGUCAUUAUUGCCUAAUUUUAUUUAACCGAGUGCAAGAUAACGCUUACUAGAUUCAGACAUGGCAGGUUUACCGCCCGGAGACCCACAGCUGGUCUCCAUGAUCGUCAAUCAUUUAAAAACUCAGGGUCUCUUCGACCAGUUCAGGAGGGACUGCCUGGCAGACGUUGACACAAAGCCAGCUUACUUGAACCUGAAACAAAGAGUGGACAACUUUGUGUCCAAUCACCUUUCUAACCACACAUGGAGCCCUCAUUUGAACAAGAACCAGCUGAGAAACAACAUCAGACAACUUGUGCUGCAAUCUGGGAUGCUGGAGCAGGGGGUGGACAGGAUUGUGGCCCAGACGGUGGAUCCCAAAGUCAACCAUAUCUUCAGGCCGCAGGUGGAGAGGGUGGUUCGUCAGUUUCUGUUCCCUGGCAGCUGCUCGGAGGAGGAGCCGCCGCCACCACCGCCUUCAGCUGAGAUCAAACCAGACAGCAGCAUUCCUGAGCAAGCCUCGUCAUCUGCUCCAACUACCACGGCAGCCAGCGACGCCAUGUCCAUCCUGGACACCAUAACCUCUCUAAACCAUGAGGCCAGCGUGAGGGCGAGCACCGAUAGAGGACGUAGAGAUGAGCCCAUGAUGGGGGAGGAGGGCGAGCAGGACAUGUGUAUUGUUGAGGAAGGGGACAGCCACCAUGAGGACGAGGAAGAGGAGCUGGCUUCAGAGGUUCAGGCUCUAGAGGUGAAGACAGAGGACACGCAGGAAGAGGUGGAUCUGGGAAAAGAGGGGUUAAUAGAGGAGGUGAAGAUGGAAGAGGAGGAGUCAGGAACUCUUGAACAGACCGAAGAGGAGAAGGAUAAAGCUGCAAGCCAAACAACUGGAAAACCCACGGAGGAGAAGCAGGAUGAAGAUCUUCUGAAAUCCCCAAGUCAGGAUAAGCAGAAAGCCAGAGAGAGGAUUAAAGAAGAAUACUUUUUGGAGGACUCGGACCUGGACGGGCUGAGUGACAUCACAGUGAGCUCCGUCCACACCAGCGACCUGUCGUCAUUCGAGGAACAAAGUGAAGACGACGGGCUGUCGGACUCUUCUGAGGAGGGGGAGCUUCCAUCAGAUGAUCAAGAUGAGAACGUAGAGAAGAAGCCGACAGACGCAGAAGAAGUGGAGCGCAAACCUCGCCGCAAGGCCUACGUUCACAAGCCCUUCCUUUACUCCCGUUACUAUAGCGACUCGGAUGAUGAAGUCACUGUGGAAGAACGAAGGAAAUCUGUGGCAAAGGACAAAGAGGAAAGGCUGCUCAAGAGACAACAGAACAGAGAGCGAAUGGAAGAGAGGCGUAAACAGAAAGCAGCACAGGCCGAAGAACAAGAUCAAAAUAUGCAGAACCUCCCCAGAGCCAAAGAGGCUCGCAAGGAAAGGAAAGUUCUGGAGAAAAAAAUGGCUCUCAACAGGAAGAGGAAGCUAGACUCAAGGAAAGAUGGAGAUGUUUCAAGCAGAAAGAGAGGAGAUACGGAAGGAUCCAAGAAAGCGGAAUUGAGACCUACACAUUUAAAGCCUCCACAACCGAAAUUAAUGAGAAAUCUAUCAGAAUCGGCUUCGUCUGAUGAGAGGAACAGAAGGAUGAGCGGCAGCGUCUCAGAAGACUCCAGUGAACCCAAAAAGCUCUCAGAAAAAAGCCGGACACACUCCUUCAUCCUGGAGCUGGAGCAAGGUUCCCAAGAGGCUCUCAAACCACGCACCAGUGGGAAAUUUGAUCGGUUGUCCCGUAAGGAACCUCACCCUAAAGAACGCAAAGACAAAGAACGCAGCUUGUCAGAUGAACGUUUCAAACUCAAACAAAAGCAGGAGAAAAAAUCAGAACAGCAGGCAGAUGAAUCUCAGCAGAAGGAAGCUGUUAAAGUGUCCUCUGAAGACAAAGGGGAGAAGAAGCCUAAGAUUAAAAGUGAGAAGAAAAUGGCCGGGACUACAAGAGAGGGGAAGUCGUCAGAAGGUGUGGCAGAGGAGGGUCCUAAAGAUGCUGCGGUCAAGAAGGCAAGAGCUCCAUCUAUUGAUACGGUUAAAACAGAGAAGGACAAAAUAAGGGGUAAGGUCAAGGGAGAGAAAGCUUUAGCGAAAAGUGAAUUCAAGCAGCUGCUCCGCCACGAUUCUGCCGGCUCUUCUGAGGACCGGUCAGACAUGGAGCCGGGGUCCGACAGCAGCAAGAGGAAAGAUAAACCCUCAAAGGAAGUCCUGAAAAGGUCAAAGAGCCACACUGAGAACAGGCCAGGAGACAAACCCAAAUCUAAAACUGAAGGUAAAGACAGCGAGAAGGAGAAGAGCAAAGCAGAUCAAGACAGCCAGAGAUCAAUCAAGUCUGGCUCUGAGAUGGACAAAGAUUCAAAAAGAGUCAAGCCCACAGAAAAAGUUAGAACCGUGGAUAAAUCUAAAUCUAAAUCUAAAGAGGAAACAAAGACUCCAUCGUUAUCGAAGACGGAUAAUAAAGUUCAGAGUUCAGCAGCAAAACCUGAGGCGUCAAAGGAGAAGAGAAAAGAGGUAAAGGAACAGCCAAAGGUUUCAGAGGGGCUUCCCCAGGAGAAAUCUGAAAUCAAGACUGCGAAGAAAAAAACGGAGAAGAAAGACAAAGUCCCAGAAAAGACAGACGAUAACGAGGAGGAGAAGAAAACCCCCAGAGAAGACAAAUCGGACAAAUCUUCAAAGUCUUCAGUGUCCUCACUCGACGCAGAGGAGCAGCCGAAGAAACCUUCCCUUCUGCAGGAAACCAGCACCGACUCGGACCCCGUCACCACCGUCACCACCCCUUACUCAGACGAUACCUGCGACGCACUGAGCGACAUCACCCCCGAGCCCCCCGAGGGCGACACAGAGUCCCGACUCAGCGAGAUCCCCGCCCUGCCCGCCGAGGCCGACGCCCUGCUGGCUCUCAUGGACGUCUGUGCUUCAGCCGAGGCCAGACUCCCCCCCGAGGAGCCGGAGACCCUCCUGCAGGACGCUGAUCUGAUGAAGGAGGCCGCUCUCACUCUGCUGUCCAUGGAUCCUAAAGGUGCCUCCAAAAUCAUUCCCCCAAAUAAAGGGGAGGCACCAAAGGAAAGUCAGACGGCCCGACAACUGGAGGAAACCCCUGAAGCUGAACCAAAAGAGCAAACGGCUGCUGAAGCUGAGCCGUCUCCAGCUGCUGUUGUUGAGGAACCAAGCACUGCAGAUGUGUCUGAGAGUUCAGAGAAAGAAAAGGAUGUGGCAAAGGACUCUCCUGCUCCACAGGAUGAUGAAACUACUUCAAAUGAAUGCCAAUCUAUUUCAAAUAUGGAUGAAGCUAAAACUGCAGAAAUCGCUCCUGAGAAACAGCUAGAUGGAAACAUGGCACCGGCAGCAGCAUCAACUACCAACGAAGGUGCUGAUACUUUAGUGUCAGAAGAAGUUGGAGAAACCCCAGAUGAAAGCACUACUGCAGUUGAUACCACUGAACAAGUCUCAGAAGUAUCCACUGAACAAGUCUCAGAUAUUCCCACUGAACAAGUCUCAGAAGUUUCCACUGAACAAGUCUCAGAAGUAUCCACUGAACAAGUCUCAGAUAUUCCCACUGAACAAGUCUCAGAAGUUUCCACUGAACAAGUCUCAGAAGUUUCCACUGAACAAGUCUCAGAAGUGUCCACUGAACAAGUCUCAGAAGUGUCCACUGAACAAGUCUCAGAAGUUUCCACUGAACAAGUCUCAGAAGUUUCCACUGAACAAGUCUCAGAAGUUUCCACUGAACAAGUCUCAGAAGUGUCCACUGAACAAGUCUCAGAAGUUUCCACUGAACAAGUCUCAGAAGUUUCCACUGAACAAGAGCAAACUGAGGCAGAGGUUGUCGACACAAAGACGAGCCCGAAGGCAGAGGAAGUGGGAGCUGAUGACGACCAGGACAAGAUGGAUGUAGAUCAUAGUGAAGCUGAGAGUAAGACAGUGGAGGAAGGAAACGUUGCCACAGAAAAGAGUGAUCCACAAACUAUGGAACACGAUGCACCGCAGAAGACUGAGGAGAUCAGAGAAAGUGGAUCGGAGGGUCAGUCCGUACUGGUCAAACAAAUCAGUAAUGUCUCCAGUACAGACAGCCAGGAAGAUGAGAAGGGGUCAGAUCUGUCAGAAAAGGAAGAGAAGACGGAGGGACGAGGAAGACGUAAGCGAAAGCUGUCCACUCAGAAAGUUGCCGCAGUGAAGGAAUCUGGUGAUGAGAGGGAUGAAAAUGAAAGUAAAGAACAACCGUCUGCUGAGGAAACGGACCAGGAGAAGGUUGUGGAGGUCAGGACGCCUCGCAGGGGUCGAUCAUCCAAAACCAGCGAGGAGGCCGAGAAGGAGCAACCUAAAGAACCUGAGAAACCAGAGGAGACCCCGAGCCGCGGGAGGAGGCGCUCAGGAGCGGCUGCCAAGGAACCCUCCUCUGCUGAUAAUCAGAAGAAGGAGGAGAACAAAGACGACAAGAGCACCGAGACAGAAGAGGCAACAGAAGAAGAAAGUGGACCGAGGAAAUUAACACGGCGAGGAAGUCAAGUCGCUCUGCCGUCGACUGUUCCAGAAGAAUCUGCCGCUGCAGGAAGCUCCGACUCCAAAGACGCCACUGACACACGUAAACCAGCGGUGAAGAGGAAGAGGUCCGAGGAUACGGAGGAAUCUGUGGAGGAAACUCAGGCUGAAGAGGAGGAGAAGAACGACUCCAGUCAACAGGAACCAUGUGAACAACCUGAAGAAGACAGUGUGUUGUCCCCUGCAGCGAGCCAGGCAGAGAGUGAAGAGGAGAUCUGCAGCGAGAAGAAACCAGACGAUGCUGAACAGGAGGACCAGGAGGCGACUCCAAAGAGAACAGGUCGGAGGGGACGGCCGUCAAAGUCAGCGGCAGCCCCCGAGGAUCCAGAUAAAAAGGAAGGAAAGGCAGACGAGAGCGAGCAGAAUGAUGAUGAGGAGGAGGAGGACGACGAUGACGGUGAUAAAGAAGACGGAGACAAAAGAAACGCAAGGAGAGCAACGACACGAUCUGCAGCUCGCCUGGAGGCCGAGAAGAACAAGCCGAGUAAACCCUCCACCCGGGCGAACCGACAGAACGGCCAAGAGGAGAGCGCAGCUGGCACACGCGGGACGAGGGGCCAGGCAGCAGCAGCAGCAGCAGCAGUGAAGGGGGGCCGCAAACGGGAGGCCAGCCCCCCUGCUGUGCGGACGCGGGGAGGACAGAAAUCAGAGGAGCCCCCGUCCAAGAGAGCCAAGCGCUAAAACCUCAGACUUUCUGUUUGCCCCGGCGGUGUUUUCUCUGCACUCCAUAUUAUUAAAGUCCGUUCUGUUGCAGGGGGGGUCAGAGGGUCUCUGCAGUCAGUUAGCAUGUCGAGACGUUUCUGCUUCACUGACUGCAGAUAUUGAAAAGCUCUGGAUAGUAUUAAUCUGAUGGUUGUGUGUAAACCUGAGGAUCUGUGCGGGAAUCCCCCCAGAAUACCUUCUACCGCACUACGCCCAUAUGGUUUGCAUCAGACUUCAUCAUCCCACCGUUUAUUCAGUAAUGCCCAGCGAGUCAGAGUGUUCCAGCCCAAUCUAAGGCCUAACAGCAGCCCAGUCGUACUUUCAGGUAAAGAGGCUGAAUUAAAAUCUCCGUUCCUGCUGGGACUGUGUGUAAAUUCAAACACUUGUACAUAGAAAUCAUUGUGAAGCGUCUUAGCAUUCAUUGGGAGUUUUUCAAUAUUCAUUCUGUGAAUGAAAGGAGGUUUUCCCUCCCAGUCUUUUUUAAGUUUGUUUUUUUAUACUUUUCACACGGUAAGGGACGCGUAUUAGUUUGUUUUUUUAAAUAACGGCAGUAUUAGCAUCAGACAGGAACAACCUCGUGACUUUAUGAACUGAAUCUACUUCAUGACACAAGUGUAACAAAGAACAGUUUGUUGGUGUCAAACUCAUGUGAUCUAGUUAUGUGUAUUGUUUGAACUGUAUAUCAAUAUAAUGGUGUUAGAUAUGUUGCCUACCUGUCAUUUUUUUAUAAAUGUAAAAAUACCUAAUAUUGCUUCCCUUCCUUUU